CAUGGCGAAACCAAUGUCAGUUCUGUGAAUAUAUUUUUGUUUUCUAUUGUGAAAACCUUGUUUUCAGUUCGUUUGUAUGUUAACAGACUUAAUAAGAAGUUAUAUCAAGUGUUAAUAUUUUCUCUGGUUUUGAUACUCUUUGUUUAAAGUUGCAAGUUUAAUGUGUGAAGUUGUAACGAACUCUGGGAUUACUCGGGAAUUCAGGUGUCAACGAGGAUGUUAUUCUCCUCAUAUACGGCACCAUUCAGCUAAGAUUUAAAGGUUAUUACUGUUAAAGAAGAAACAACAUACAAACAAAAUGCAGCGGCAAUAAGCUGCCAGAUAGGUGGUUUCUCGCCAUGCAGCGCGCGGGUGGGAGAAGGGCCUGUGCGCCAUGAGCCACACUCCUAUAGGCGGCCACCCGCAAGGUUGGGAGCACAAACUUGCUGACAGGUCGUCGCUGCCGCCUGCUUCAGGGGAGGAGAAGAGUAAAUCUCAGUCCAAACAUGUGUUCACACAACCUUACCCUUCCAAGAUGGGUAUGGCGUGGCGCGAGCAGACGGAAGGCUCGUCCGGUAGUUCGGCGCGCUCGCCCGCCUCGCCGCCCUACAUGCGCUGGGCCCGCAGUCUGCACGAGUUAUUGGAGGACGCGGAGGGCGUGCGGCUGUUCCGCAAGUACGUGGGCGGCGCGGGCGGACUGCACGUGGACCGCCUCAAUUUCUACUUCGCGGUGCAGGGCCUGCGACAGGAGACCGACCCGGCCAAGAUACGCCAGGUCGUCUCCGCUAUAUACAAAUUUCUCCGAAAGUCACAGCUAGCGAUGCCUGAAGACCUGAAGCAACACGUGAAGCAGAGUCUCAAGGAUGGCUCCAACAUCGAGAGGAGCAUAUUCGACAAUAUGGAACAAGAGGUGACGCGGUGUAUAAAGGAGUCCACGUACCAGGCGUUCCUGCGGUCGGACGCGUACGUGUCGUAUGUGAGCGCGGCCACGCAGCCGCUCUCGUCGCCGGACGCCUCGCCGCCCCAUCCGCCGCUACUGAACCCGCUCAGAGACGUAUCUGGUACGGGCGGCGGCGGCGGCGGGGGCGGGGGCGGGGGGCUGCCCACGCUGCACGAGGGACAGGAGCUGUCCGGCGGGCCGCCCGCGCGGCUCACGCACGACGCGCUGCUCGCCACGCAGUCGCGCCGUCUGCACCACCACCAUCCACCGCACCGGUCGCGGUCGGUGUACAGCGCGCACGUGACGUACGCGGGCUACUGCCCCGCCUCCCGGCAGGACUCGGAGCGCGCCAGCCUCAGCAGCGGACGCACCGACAGCGACGCCAUCUCACUCUCCGGCAGCAGUCUUGAUGGCAUGUCAGUCCGCGGGCGCGAGACGCGCGAGCCUCGAGACAGAACGCGCGCUCGUCCGGCCGGACUCGACCGCCACGCGGUCAUCAACAGGGAGCAGGACACCGCCAUGGUAAUCCCGCGCACGCAGCGCAUGCAGUCGGAACAGCUGCGCGUGCUGUCGCCGACGGAGUUCGCGCCGCUCCUCAUUGAGAAGCUGGAGCGAGUGCGCAGGGACCAGGAGACCAAGGAACGGCUUGAGAGACGCCUCGCAGAGGGCGAGAGCGAAGAGGCAUCGACACAGGCUCUGCCCCCACAGUUGGUGGCCGCCGCCAUACGAGAGAAGCUGCAGCCCGACGAUGACAACGACCAGGAUAUACUCGACCAGCACGUGUCGCGAGUGUGGUCCGAGCGCACUCCCGGAGCUUCGCCACCUGGCGGCCGCCGCGCGCGCAUGCGACACGCGCCCCACGCGCCCCACGGGCCCCACGCGCCCCACGCGCCCCACCCGCCCCACGCGCGAAGGGCGCCCUCCGCGCUGUCGGCCGACUCGGGCCAUUACGACGCUCCGCCUGACUCGCUGCAUCACCCGCAUUCACUCACCCGCAGGUCGUUCUCGAAGAAAACGGUGACGGAGCUGACGGACAGCGGCGUGUCGGUGGUGAGCGAGGGCACGGCGAGUGCGGCGGGCGUGGAGCCUCGCAUACUGCUGUGGAUGGCCGAGGGCUCGGAGCGGCUCGAGCGGUUGGAGCGGUUGGAGCGGUUAGAGCGACUCGAGCGGUUGGAGCGGCUCGAACGCCGCAACUACCGCGAGCUGUCCUCCCGGGGCUCUUCGGCCGACAGAGAGGAGCACCGUCGCCGCGAUAAGCAGGCGCCGCGCACACGCGGCAGUGGCAGCAAGUCUAGCAGCACCAGUGGCGGCGGUGGCGGCAGUGGUGGCGGUGGUGGAGCCACAGAGCCCCACACAGUCGUGGUGGUGACGUUUCUUGACGAGAAUGUACCGUACCGGUUCAAGGUGCCUGCCGCGCCCCUCACCCUCAAAGUCUUUAAGGACUACCUGCCCAGGAAGGGAAACUAUAGAUAUUUCUUCAAGACGAACUGCGCAGAUCUGGACACUGUGAUCCAGGAGGAGGUGAACAACGACAACGACACACUGCCCAUGUUCGAGGGGAAGGUUAUGGCGCGCGUCAAAAGCAUAGAGUAGGCACUCCACUACCGCGCCCUGUCUACUACUCCCAUUGAUAAAAAUGUAUAUGUAAAAAACUAAGGAAUUCAUUUAUACAGCCAAAUAAAAGUGACGAUUCGCUAUACGAGACAAAUUCCAGUUCAAGUACAACAUAGUAUUCAAAAUUUUUAAAUAUGGAAUACUCUUUUAGAAGUAUAUUUUUUAUUUACGAUCAAUUGCAUUUAUAUUGCUAGAUGUAAUGAGUUGUUGCCAUUAAUAUAAAAAAAACUGUCAGGUUUAUUUUAUAGUAGACAUUGCUGGCUGGUUUUUAUGCUACAUUGAAUGCAGCAUUACUUUACUGAUUUAUUUGACUAUUUAUCAUCACUGGCCGAAUCGUGACUCGUAUUCCCAUGUAAUAAGGUUUUAUUUUGAAUUAUCGUAACUGUUACUAUGGUGCCAUUUAUUGAGAGAACUUAGUAUUUAUUUUAUUGUUUAUUCAUCAAAAUAUUAUGGAUAUUUUUAAAAAGGAAUGACAUAAAAGUGUUUAAUUAUUA